CUAAAAUUCACGAUAAGGCAGUUGCGUUGCCGUGGUGCUAAACGGCAGUCGUUUCGCGCUUCGCGCGUAGUGCAUUGUAAAAUUCCUUUUCCGGCUACGAAAAAGUUUUAAAAACACCCUUCACAAUUGACAUUGACAUAAGAUUGACAGUAUGGGUAACACAAGUAAGAAGUUAGCAGCGAAAUGCACGCUUCUAACGAAAGAUGAGCAGAAGUACCUUGCGGCUACCUUCAGGGCGGCCAGUAAGAACUCGGAUAAGAUUCGUGAGGAGGACCUCAUCGUGAGUGGCAAAUUAGAUGCAGUGUUGCUAGAAAGGUUUUGGGGUCCUCAAAUUGACCCUCGACUGGCGCAGUACCUCACUAACUUCCUGUUCGGAUAUGGACCGAAUAAGUCGCCAUCUUGCGACUUCAACAGAUUCGCUGAACUGUACGUGUAUAAUGUUAGAGGUACCUCGGAGGAGCGUAUGAUGGUGGCAUACAACAGUCUUGGUAUGGACUUCAACGAUACUAUUGAGCUGCCCUACCAACUCUUGAGAGAGUAUUGUGAAAGCAUAGCCUCGACCUACAUAAAGGUAUUGAAAUCCGCGUCCACAAGUCGAGCUACGACGUGGAUCAUCAAGGGGUUCAGGGGCAGGGCGUCGCACGUCCAGGCGCUGGGGGAGGCCAUCGCGGCUAGCGUCGAGGGGGACGCUGACGUCACGCUCAACGCUUGCACCUCCAACCAGCUUAAUAAAUGGCUUCAGUUAAACACGUUGCUGCGUCAGAUGACGGAGGCAGUGUUCGUGAACCUGUACGGCAUUAACAAGAAGACGGGAGACGAGAGCCCCGGCCCUGUAGCGAGGGCGGAGCCCUGCCUUAUGCCGUUGCCUAUAGGUUUAGACUCGAUGCCGGACUACCCAGCCUUCAUAGACCUGUCUCACAUCGUAUGGCUAAACUCCCACAUCCCGCAGAAGCAUCAGGACAAAUGGAGAUUCCUUUUCUCCUCCCACAUACAUGGCGAGUCCUUCUCCACUAUGACAGGCCGGAUCCAAGACCAGGGUGCAUCUCUCCUGAUAAUAGAAGACAACUCGGGCUACAUCUUCGGGGGCUACGCCCCAGCUUCAUGGUCCCUCGGCCCCAACUUCGUGGGCAAUGAGGAGUCGUUCCUGUUUACUUUAGCCCCAAAGAUGCGUGUAUACCCAGCCACGACUUAUAACAACCAUUACCAGUACAUCAAUCACCAUACUAAAACACUGCCUAAUGGAUUGUUAAUGGGUGGGCAAUUUCACUUUGGUGCUAUAUGGGUGAAUGGCGAUCCGUUCGGCGAGGGCUCGUCGGCGGAGUCUUGCAGUACCUACAAAGGGUACAAGCGGCUCAGCAAGGAACCCAACUUCCGUAUCAAAAGCUUAGAGGUGUGGGGGGUCGGAGACAAGCCACUGUCUAUGAAGGAAUCUGAUGAAAGGGAUCUAAGUGUCCUGGACGUGAAUCCUGAAGCCAAGGCUAUCCUGGACAUGGCGGGUCGCACGAGACACAGCGAAGGGCUCCGCGAACCACCCCCCUUAUAAUGUAAAUACCUAGACUAGAUACUAUCUCUUAAUAGCCAUAAUUAACUCCUAUAAAGUCUUAUAUAAUGUGUUAGGUUAAAUGAGGAACAUAUUC